UCCAACUAGACUCUGAAAUGAAUUAGAUGGAGAUUUAAAAUAGGGCAAUUUAGUAGGAAAAGAUACUUAAUUUGAAGACAGAAUCAUGAAUAAACUGGAGGAUAAGCAGGACCAGAUGAUACCAUGAAGAGAAGUUUACAGGCCCUCUAUUGCCAACUGUUAAGUUUCCUGCUGAUCUUGGCACUGACCGAAGCGCUGGCAUUGGCCAUCCAGGAACCAUCUCCCAGGGAAUCCCUUCAGGUCCUCCCUUCAGGCAGUCCCCCAGGAACCAUGGUGACAGCACCUCACAGCUCUACCAGACACACUUCUGUGGUGACACUGACCCCCAGUCCCCCUGGACCCCCCUCAAAGGCUUCAGCUCCCACGGCAACACCGACAUCUCGUGUGGAGGGGCACCCUCCUACGCAUACCAUCUCCACCAUCGCUGCGACAGUAACCAACCCCCAUUCUAAAAGCUCCCUACCCACAGAGCCCACUCCAGUGGCCACAGCAACCACAUCCUCCCACUCAGAGGGCCGCCCCCCCAGGCAGGCUACUCCCACCAUCCUGCUGACAAAGCCACCGGGGGCCACCGGCCGCCCCACCACAGCGCCCCCCCGCGCUACCACACGCAGGCCCCCCAGGCCCCCCAGGCCCCCAGGCUCCUCCCGAAAAGGAGCUGGUAAUUCAUCACGCCCUGUCCCACCUGCACCUGGUAGCCACUCCAGGAGUAAGGAAGGACAGCGAGGACGAAACCCAAGCUCCACACCUCUAGGGCAGAAGCGGCCCCUGGGGAAAAUCUUCCAGAUCUACAAGGGCAACUUCACUGGGUCUGUGGAGCUGGACCCCUCUGCCCUCACCCCCAGGACCCCGCUCUGGGGCUACUCCUCUUCACCACAGCCCCCGACAGUGGCUGCCACCACAGCGCCCAGCAGUACCUCGUGGGCACCUCCCACCACCUCCCUGGGGCCUGCAGAGGACAAGCCAGGCCUUCGCAGAGCGGCCCAGGGAGGUGGUUCUACCUUCACCAGCCAAGGAGGGACGCCAGAUGCCACAGCAGCCUCAGGUGCCCCUGCCAGUCCACAACCUGCCCCAGUGCCUUCUCAGCGCCCCCACCGCGGUGACCCGCAGGACGGCCCCAGCCAUAGUGACUCUUGGCUUACUGUCACCCCUGGCACCAACAGACCUCCAUCUGCCAGCUCUGGGGUCUUCACGGCCGCCACGGGGCCCACCCCAACUGCCUUCAAUGCCAGUGUCUCAGCCCCUUCCCAGGGGAUUCCUCAGGGAGCAUCCACAACCACGCAGGCUCCAACCCAUCUCCCCAGGGUCUCAGAAAGCACUAUUUCUGGAGCCAAGGAGGAGACUGCAGCCACCUACACCAUGACCGACAGGGUGCCCAGUCCUCUCUCCACAGUGGUAUCCACAGCCACAGGCAACUUCCUCAACCGCCUGGUUCCUGCCGGGACCUGGAAGCCUGGGACUGCAGGGAACAUCUCUCACGUGGCCGAAGGGGACAAACCCCAGCACAGAGCCACCAUCUGCCUGAGCAAGAUGGAUAUCGCCUGGGUGAUCCUGGCCAUCAGCGUGCCCAUCUCCUCCUGCUCAGGUCCUAUCACCUGAAAGCCUGCCCCUUCCACAAAUGUGAACACAGUACUAAGGGCUCCAUCUUAAAAUCAAUGACCCCUCUUCUCCCUGUCACACAUCUGACAAGCCAUGGAUGACUCCCCAGUGACAUUUCUGGGAAGCCAAGAGAGCUUAAUUCUGAGCUCUGUUUAAAAACUCAAGGAAAUUGGGACUCCAUAACCUCCUCCAGAGUCUUGGUGGCUACCGCCUCAGGAGAAACCGAGCAGUUGAAACUUUUCAACUAAAUGAAAAAGGGAACAGCCAAUACCUUGUGUUUGCAGAGAGCUGCAUAGUUUACAAAACACUUUUGCAUAUGUCAUCUCUAUACCCUCCAGUGUUCAGGACAGUAUAGGACAGUGGAUAUCAACUUGAAGAUCAUCAAGACCUGGCUUUACAUUGCAGGUUGGGUGAUCAAGAUCAAUGCUAUUAGCUUCUAUGACCUUCAAUUACCUGUUCUGAAAAUGGGAAGAGUAACAUGCCUUCCUCAGGCAGUUAUCAUGUGGUCUAAAUAAGCUUUAAAGUGUCUGGAUCCGUGCUGGGAAUAUAGUAGAGACCCUGUAAGUCUGACUUGUACUUUUCAUUCUUGGAUGAAAGGCGAGACCACUGAAAUAAUGAGUGUUCCAACCCCUAGGGGGAGCUUUGGCCUGAAUCACCGAAGAGUCAUGUAACAGUUUUUCUUUCUAGGUCUCUUUUGUAGAGGAUGUUGGGAGAACAAGACGAGAACUCUCAUUAAUUAAGCAUCCACUGCAUUUCAGACAUCGUGUUUGGCAUUUUGCAUCUAUGGUCUCUUUAAUUCUCAUUACAAGCCUAUGAAGUCCAUUUUAAUCAGAGAGAUGAAGUGACUUUCCAGAUGGAAUACGUGGCAGAGUCACAACUUGAACCUAGGUCUUUCUGUAGCCAGGCUGGCUUCCAGUAAGCGAAUGAAAUGGUGUUUGAGAAGCACUGGAAACUGUGCACAGAGAAAUAUAAUCAGGCCAGGAGCACAAACAUGCGAGGGGAAGAAAGCGUGUGGCAGAACUUUCUGACUCCCAGGCCCUUCCCACAGUGCAGGAUCUCUGCAUCUGGCAUUUUAAAAACAUGGGCUGUUAGAGCACUGAGGUGGGGGUUAGAAAAUUUGGACUCUGCAACCUCUACCAGCCCAGGUUAGCAGCAUGUUCGCCUCUCUAGGUUUCCAUGCCCCACCUUGUAGAAUAAGAAUGUAGGCUGGGGGAAGGGGCUGAUUUGGUUCAGCAUCUACUGUGGGCCAGGGACGAUUUGAAAUGCCGGCAGAUGUCUGACUACAUUUAAUCUUCCCAAGGAAGCUGAGGCUGGGAGAAGUUAAGUAACUUAAGUCAUGCAAGCAAUACAUUAUCACGUAAAUUCUAACUUCUAUGUCCCUCUUGCCAUAUUGACUAGGCUUAAGAUGGGCCUUGAUUCUGUUUGCAUGUAACUACUCAAUAGUUAGAGGCACAAAUAUCUUUUUACCUUAGAGAAGUAUGCAGACUAUACAAAUCUGACUCACAGAUACAUUUUCCCCCAUCAGCCUGUGUUUUGUGUCUAUGGCAAUGUUUUGUGGGGUAAUGAUAGGGCAUAAUAGAAGAGUUGUUCUGUUUGUCCCAACAUAGGAAAUGUCCCUGUCAAUUGCUCCCCUCCUUCCAGCUCUAAUUCUACCAGAACUGAGCUGGAGCUGAGGAAACAGCACUUUGCCCACCUCCCAGAUGGUUCCCUCUUUAUGGCUUCUGUCACAGCAGCUAGAAUUCCCCCAGGUAUUUCACCAUCCCAGCUGCAGGAGCAGAGUUAAAGGUAGUGACAAUGAAGAAUAGAGACACCAGAGAAGGGGAGAGGAGAUCUGGGGUCUUGUCCCAGCUCUGCCACUCACACACCUGUGACGUGUGGCAAGUUGGCCAGCACGUUAGGCCACAGUGUCUCCUCUAGAAGAAGGAGGUGGCUUAAAUUAGGAAGUUUCAAGCUGAGCACCACCGCCCCCUCCUUGCCCCUUUCCUCUUCAACCAUCUGAAGAAAAGGUUCUUUGGAAGGAAGAGAGGGAAAAAGAAAAGAGACUCACAAUAUUUGAAAAAUUCUGUACCACCUAAUCUCUAAAAUCCCUCUUAGCUCAAACAUUCAGAAGUCUCCUCUGUAUUUUAAAGGUUUCUUUGUAAAGGAUCUGGAAGAAUGAAAAGCAAAUUAGAAGUCUUUUUGAUCAAAGCAGAUCAGAUCAAGUAGAAACUUACCCUAUCUCCUAACCUUCUACAGAGACCUUUUCAGAGGCUGAGAGGCCAGCAAGGCUGGCGGCUCGAAAGGAAGCUAAAGAAUUCCCCAGGCAGCCCUCAGGGCCCUGGGCUCUGAGGUUCUCACCCUGUACACAGGCCAGCUUUUGUAGCUGCCCCAUACCCCGGCAAAAACCCACCCCUGACAUUGGCCAGACCCCCAGGAUGCUGCGGAUAAAGCUGGCCCUCUGCCACCCUCUGCUGCCAGCCUCUCUAGACAGCUCAGCCUGGGCCCCUGACUCUCCUGCACAUGGUUGGCACCACCCGGAUGUUGGCUGUGGCCCUUGGUUUCAGCUCCUCUCGUCCCCAGAGGCUCUGGUGAUGAUGAACCUGGGGCAGGAUACACUCAGGCCUGACUUCAUGGCUUCUCCCCAAGAGGGCCUCUGUCACCCGUGUCCUUGUGCUACCCUUCUGCUGUGUGAAUCUAAACAGGCCUCCCCCACCUCUCUGACCUCAGAAGCCUUCCCUGUUCACAAGCCACUCAGUUCACACCUGGUUAAUCAGCCAAAUCCAGACAUAAUUCUUCCUCCUGGGCCCUGCGAGUCUCAGGGAUGAACAGACAGGGUCACAUGUCACACUGUGCUCAGUCAAGCUAUGUGGAGUCCAAUUCAGGUCAUCUGUGCAAGAGGGCUUUUGCGUCGGCCUAAGGCGGGAAUCAGCUGGUUAAGAGCAUAGAUUACUGGGCAUGGUGGCUCACACCUGUAAUCCCAGCACUUUGGGAGGCCGAGGCUGGUGGAUCACUUGAGGUCAGGAGUUCGAGAUCAGCCUAACCAACUUGGUGAAACUCCAUCCAUCUCUACUAAAAAUACAAAAAUAGCCAAACGUGGUGGUGGGUGCCUGUAAUCCCAGCUACUCAGGAGGCUGAGGCAGAAGAAUCACUUGAACCCAGGAGGCGGAGGUUGCAGUGAACCGAGAUCACACCACUGCACUCCAGCCUGGGUGAUGGAGUGAGACUCCAUC